AUGCUGAGCGGAGUGUGCGGCCGGCUCGCCUCAGCGCUGUGGGGGACACGUACACAGCCAUCUGCGGUCGCCCAGAGGUAUCUGCACAUGUUGUCCACAGACAAGAGCGAGAGGACAAGGAAACCUCCCCGCGCCUUCGACCCAGCGCUGCUGGAGUUCCUGGUGUGCCCGCUCUCCAAGAAGCUGCUCAGAUAUGAAGCAUCGACAAAUGAAUUGAUUAACGAAGAGUUAGGAAUAGCCUAUCCAAUUAUUGAUGGGAUUCCUAAUAUGAUACCACAGGCAGCCAGGAUGACACAUCAAAAUAAGAAGCAAGAAGAAAUGGAGCAGCAUUAG